CGUCUGCUCGGCGGCUCGCCCCCCGCCGCGGCGCGCUGCUGCCAGCCGGCACACGAACUCGCACGAUCUCACACCGAUCAAGCAUCGGUGGAUGGGGACAAACGGAAAGAUUCCGCCACAGCGACCACCCAGCGCUGGUCGCCAAACCACCACCGAAACCCCACCGAAAACGCCCAUUUUUAAUCGCGCCAGCCAGGGAGACCGCUCACCCUCACCCCUACAUACACUUGACCGAGUUACAUCGCGGAAUCAGAUCGGUGAGAUCGAUCACUCGCUCGAUCCUCGUCCUCCUUCCCCUAGCCAAAAUCACGCCGCACGCGCGCGGCCAGCCAUGUGCGGUGACUGCUGCGGCCGCCGGGGAGCCGCCGAGGCGGGGGCGGGCGUCGGGAGGAGGCCGCGGCGGGGGUGCGCGGGGACUGCGCUCGCGUUCGUGGCUCUGGCGGCCGCUGCGGUGGUCGCGGUGAUGGAGGGCACGGCCGGCGGGGUGUCCUACGUGGGGGACGGGUGGCUCCACGAGUGCGCCAAGUGGGACGCCGAGGGCCGGCGGCUGCUCGUGUCUAACUUCUUCGGCGCCGGCGUGUCCGAGCUGCGCCUGCGCGCCGAGACGGCGGGGGCGAAGGGGAAGGAGAAGGAGGAGGAGCGGGUUGUCCUGGCGGAUCCCGACGCCGCCGGGAGGGUCGCGCUGGGGCUCACCAUCGACGCGCCGAGGCAGCGCCUGCUCCUCGUCUACGCCGACCGGAUGCCGCGGUUCGGGUACUCCGCCGUGGCCGCCUACGACCUCGGCUCGUGGCGCCGCCUCUUCCUCACCCGCCUCGACGGACCAGGUGAUUCUACGCUCGCCGACGACGUGGCCGUCGACGAGGAGGGCAACGCCUACGUGACGGACGCCAAAGGCAACAAGAUCUGGAAGGUGAGCCCGGACGGCGAGCCGCUGUCCGUCAUCAAGAACGCCACCUUCUUCCAGAGGCCAGGGUGGAUCAACAACUUCGUCGGCCUGAACGGCAUCGUCUACCACCCCAACGGCUACCUCCUCGUCGUCCACACCUCCGGCGGCGACCUCUUCAAGGUCGACCCGAAGACGGAGAGCGUGCACGUCGUCAAGGUGCAGGGCUCGCUGAAGACCGGGGACGGGCUGGCGCUCUUGUCCCCGACGAGGCUGGUCGCCGCCGGCCUGGUGAACCGGCUGGUCGAGAGCGACGACGACUGGGAGACCGCGAAGGUCACGGGCCGGUACGUCGGCCCCGCGCACCGGAUUGGCUCGUCGGCGACGGUGAAGGACGGCGACGUGUACAUCAACCACAUCAUCGGGUUCGGGUUCGGCAAGAAGACGCAUGUCAUCUCCAAGGCGGCGUUCGCGCCUUUGUAGGAGGCCGCAUGGAUUAUGCAUUGUUCUCUUCCUACUUCCUUCUGCAAUCCAUUGCCAAAUGCUACUAGUAGUUUAGAACA